AUGAAUACAAACCACUGUGCCAUUUUAGCUUGGAAUGUGCGAGGGGCUGCGGGUAGGAUGAAUAAGUUGCACAUUAGUCAGACUAUUCGUUCACGGGGCAAGUUCGCGAGGGUCUGCGUGGAGAUUGAUUUAAAUGAGCCAGUGGUGGGGAAGGUUUGGUUUAGAAAUGUCUGGUUCAAAAUUGAGUAUGAGGGUCUCCAUCUACUGUGUGCGAAGUGUGGUCGUUACAGGCAUGUGGCUCGCCAAUGUGCUGUUCAAGGUUUGGAUGGUGUAGAGACAGAGGGAGAGGUUCCUCGGGAGGCUCCGCUGGCAACUGCCGUACAUUCACAUACUCAAACGGUGGAUUCCGCCGCUGAUGGGGUCCACGAGGAUUGGAUGGUGGUUAUGAAAUUCAAACGGGGAGGCAAAUCUAAAGGCGUUACAGGUGGCGAGAAUAAAUGGGGAUAUAAAGGAGGGGAUUCUCAAUUUAAGUUUAAAAAUAAUCCGUUCCAAGCAUUACGGAGAGAAAUGGAUAUGAGUCAGGGCCCAAUGAAUGCUGAUUAUUUGAAUACAACAAUAUUUUCGGGUACCGCGAAUCAAGGCUCCACUCCUGAGCGGCACUUUGUGGAUCUAACCUCGAAAGUGUGGACAAAGAGUAAGGGUAAACGUUCGAGACAUGAGCCAGCGGAGUCAACGGAGGAGGGGUCGUCGUCGCAAACACUGGCUAUGAAGAAAACUGUGAAUUGUAUGAAGAGUCAAACGGUGGCUACUCCCUUGACUAGUAUUCAUGCACACGUAAAAACUGGUAUGAAACCACUACAUACACACAUGCAACCACCAUGCAGCUCGUAUGUACAAAGUUUUGGAGAUCCACCGCAAUCUCAUAUUAUUCCGCAACAUGCACCGAGACCCCCUGAUGACGCUUUGCCAGCUGAUGGGGUUACAGUAGGUGAUGAUGGAGUUGCUUUGGAGGAAGAUAUGGACGUUGGAGAAGAUGUCACGCCUCACUCUCAGAAGUAG